AUGUAUCAGCGGACCUGGCCGGUGGCCGGGCGCGUGGGGCCCCGGUGCUCGUGGGGCUGGGAAGGGGGCAGCGGAAGGCGCCGCUGGCCGCAGGGCGACUCCGCUAGAUGCUGCUACCGGGCGCGGCCGCGGGACCUAGAUGCUUCUUGGGAUAAGCUGCCUCCAGGGCUCAUCCCCGUGGGCUCCGUGGGGCCGACAUUCCACUCACUUUUCACCAGGAGGCCAUCGGAAGCCCCCGCCACCCUCCGGGCUCUGCCCAUCCCUACUCGAGGCAACUUUGCCGGUAUCAACAGAAGCGAGCCAAAGACCAGACUUUGUCCGCUGACGCACCUGCCCAACGUUGAGACAGGGGCCCCUUUUCACCCCGCUGCGCUCUCCCCUCCCAAAGGCAUGGAGUGUGCCAUAACGCUGGUGAAUGGAAGGCAGAAAGAUGACAUAGUGGUAAGGGACGGUGAAGGACUGGAUGGUGCCUCUUUAGACUCUUUGCACAGCUUGUUCCAUGGCUGGCAGUGCCGCUCUCCCUACCAGGCGCCUGAGGUGGCACUGGGCCCACUCACUCCCUUCAGAGCGACGACAGGAAGUCCGGCUCCGGCCACUCCUUCAGGGAGUGACGAUUCCAGCAUGGAGGAGCAUCUCGCAGUCAUGCACCAGAAAUUACAGAGUGAGUUACCAGGCUUUUUUUUUAAGACGCACGACUAUGGAAUCUACUCGAAGGAUGUGGAGUUUGACAACGAGAUUCUGCACCUGAAGACUCGUGGCCGAACCAUGUACCAGUUGGCACUGACCUUAUGCCGUUUUGUGGCCUGGAACUACUUUGCCGACUUGCGCAUGGAAGUGCUGAAGUUGACGCAGCACUCUGAGAACUGGAGCAUCCAAGCCCGGUGGCGGAUUACGGGCCUGCCUUUCCACGUCUUCCUGUUCCGCUUCUACAAGAAGGACAAGGCUGAGCUCUACAGGACCUAUGAUGCCUAUUCCACUUUCUUCCUAGAUUCCCAAGGAUUAAUUAAAUGUCAUAGGGUAAGCAAGCUGAUGCCAUCCCAGCCUCCCCUGACGACAGUGAAAAAGCUCCUGGUCGCCUCUUUGUUGGGCCUGGGCCUGGCUGACCAGAGGCCCUCUCUGCAACUCUUCUUCUCAGCUCUGGCCGGCAAACAGCAGGGGCUGCCGGUCGGCUGUCGGAACAGCUGA